AUGUCGUUGUUCUUCUCAGCGUUGAAGUUGUCUAUAAGCCAGGCAGCUCCAAGAUCAAAUGUCAUUUCUAACCGUUCAUUGACCACUCUCAGUUCAUUCUCCCCAUUGCGUUCUUUCCUCAAUAAUAACAACACUAAUGCCACCAGUAUAAUAUCCAGAGUGUCACCAACCACCGUGUUGGGUACUCCAGAACUAGGCGUGUCGUCGUCGUCACCAUCAUCCAUCACCGGGAUUUUCCAAAGAAGAUGGAAGGCCAGAGGUAACACUUUUCAACCAAGUACAUUAAAGAGAAAGAGAAAGUUCGGGUUCAUGAGCAGAAUGAGUAGCAGACACGGCAGAAAGAUUAUUGCCAGAAGAAGGGAGAAGGGUAGAUGGUAUUUGGCCCACUAA